AUGUCUCCUCCAAACUAUACUGAAGUAACUGAAUUCAUCCUGCUGGGUCUAACUGCGGAUCCAGAACUGCAGAAGAUCCUUUUCAUUAUCUUUCUACUUAUCUACACCAUCACUCUGGUGGGGAAUGUGGGCAUGAUCAUGCUGAUUCAUAAGAGCCCACAACUCCAUACUCCCAUGUACUUUUUCCUCAGUCAUCUCUCCUUCGUUGAUUUAUGUUACUCUUCCAACAUCACCCCUCAGAUGCUAGUCCAUUUCCUCUCUGAGAGAAAAGCCAUCUCUUAUGCAGGAUGUUUUAUCCAGUGUCUUUCCUUCAUUGCCUUGGUGAUCACAGAAUUUUAUAUCCUUGCUUCAAUGGCCAUUGAUCGCUACGUGGCCAUCAGCAGUCCUCUGCAUUACAGCACCAAAAUGAACCAGAAUGUUUGCCUCUGCUUAGUCAUUGUUCCCUAUGUCUAUGGCUUCCUGAAUGGCCUUUCCCAGUCCAUAUUGACCUUUCACUUGUCCUUCUGUGGACCCAAUGAAAUUAACCACUUCUACUGUGCUGACCCACCUCUCCUGUUACUGUCCUGCUCUGAUGUCUAUGUCAAAAAAAUGGCCAUGUUCAUAGUAGCUGGCUUUACUCUCUUAAGCUCUCUCCUCACCAUUCUCUGUUCUUAUGUUUUUAUCUUUGUUGCCAUUUUGAGAAUCCGAUCUGCUGAAGGCAGACGCAAGGCUUUUUCUACCUGUGGAUCCCACCUGACUUCUGUUGUUCUUUUCUAUGGAACUCUCUUUUGCAUGUAUUUAAGACCUCCUUCUGAGCAGUCUGUGGAAGAAUCCAAAGUGAUUGCUGUCUUUUAUACCUUUGUGAGUCCCAUGCUAAAUCCCUUGAUCUAUAGCCUCAGAAACAAGGAUGUCAUUGAGGCCAUGAAAAAAGUAUUCCAGAAAAAAAACUUUUCAUAA